CUCUCUCUCAUCACUACAAUAAAAUUUAAUUUGGAUCUUAUCAGUGUCAUUGAUUCAUUAUAAAACCCUUUGACCGUGUCCUUUGAACAAAAUUAGUCCCACCCCCUCCCGUACAUAUUUAUGAUAUGUAAAGUUUACAGGCCAGAUAUAACUGAUAGUGAGAAAAAAGACUGACUGCCAAACAGUAAAGAGCAGAGAGGACAGACGGCUCCAGAGAAGAUCCAUGAGGACAAAAUCUGAGACAAUCAGAAAAAGGAUGCUUCCACAGCUGGCUCUGAUCACACUCCUGGGGUGUACAUGGACGACAGUAACUGGACUGCCUUGCGCUCAGAUGUCCCGCUCUGAGCCGCCCCCUUCCAAUGUUAACAGCAUUAAGCCUGCAGAUGUGGCUGUGUUUUCCUCUAUCGGACUUCACAUUCACAGCACUGAGCUGUCCACUGUAGUAUCAAGACUUCAAGAGCUGAUGAACUUGUUCAAUCCCGCUCUGAUCAGUCCUCUCUCAGAUGAAACAAAUGUGUAUGCUGCUCCGUUUGUUCAACACAGCACACUAGUGGAGCAGGCAAAGGAAGUGUCCCUCCAUCUCCAGAACAGUCAGGAUUCUUGGAAGUUGGUGCUUCUCUUCGUUCAGGUGGAUCAGCUCUGCACCUGUGAGCAGCAGCAGGUUCAGUCUGUUAUCAGAUCCGUAGUUGAAGAUGUGGAUGCUGCUCUGCAGUUGCUGCACUCUCAGCUGAAGCAGACCAUUGUCAGUGUUGCAUUAUGGAACGGAGAGCAUGACAGUUUCUCAAACAAGAUGUGUCCAUGUAUGGAAACCAACAGUGCAGGAGAAGUCAGACUUCUGAGGGCCAUGCUGAUUCAAGCUCUGCAGGAGUCCUUGGAUGAGCUCUUGGUGAAGAAGCACUGGUACGCUGACAGAGAUGACUUCACCGUCAUCCUGCAGGACUCACCUUUCAUCACAGACCUCUCAACUGUCGCUAGUGGGAAGCCUCUCUCUGAGUCACAAGCGUCACAGCAAACUGACAAACUGGUGGUGCAGAUGUGGACAAACCUGCUGCAGCCCACUAAUGACCAGCAUAACACAGAGGACAAUGGAAAGAUGAUCGCAUUGCCAUGUCCAACUGAGGACCGACCCUUCCUGAGGACGGAGGGGAACUCUCCUUCAUAUCACCACAGUGAUGCCUCUCCUCUGCUUCAGCCAUUUACAGGCACAGAGAUGCCCUGCAAUGACCUCAACCCCUCAGUCUCCAUACCUACCUCAGUGCAUGAACUCAGGCCUGGAGAUAUCAAAGUUGUGGCUGCUGUGGGAGACUCUUUGACAGCAGGGAACGGGAUUGGAUCCAGCCCAAUCAACAUACUGGACGUCCUGAAUCAGUACAGAGGUUUAUCCUGGAGUAUUGGCGGAGAUGGAAACCUCACAACUGUAACUACUCUGCCCAACAUCUUAAAGCAUUUCAACCAAAACCUGACGGGCUACUCUGUUGGCAUGGGUAAACAAAGCAAUCCUAAGGCUUUCCUCAACCAGGCUGUAGCAGGAGCGAAAAGCGAGGACAUGCCGUCACAGGUGCGAAUCUUGGUGGAAAAGAUGAAGAGUGACUCUAGAAUCAAUUUUAAAUCAGACUGGAAAGUGAUCACUCUUUUUAUUGGUGGAAAUGACAUGUGUGACCACUGCUACAAUUCUCUAUUCUACUCUGUAGAGAAUUAUAUUCGCUAUGUUCGUGAAAGCCUGGAUUAUCUACACAGAAAGGUACCUCGUGCUCUGGUGAACUUAGUAGAACCACUUCACAUUAUCCCAUUAAGAGAUAUGCACGUGGAUCCUUCACUUAGAUGCCCAACCUGGCUGGUUAAUAUUCUGUGUCCUUGCGUCAUCUUGCCAAAGCCCAGCUCUAAAGCUCUUCAAAAGGUGGAGGAACUCAAUAGAGGCUAUCAGCGUUCACUGAGUGAGCUUGUGGAGUCAGGUCGGUAUGACAAACCAGACUUCACUGUGGUCGUCCAGCCUUUCUUCAGAGAAGUCAUUGUCCCCAAGCUGCCGGAUGGCCGUCCGGAUCGCUCCUUCUUCAGUGCUGACUGCUUCCAUCUCAGCCAGAAGGCCCAGACACUGAUGGCUCGCUCCCUUUGGAACAACAUGCUGGAACCUCUGGGCCAUAAGACCUCCAAACAAAAUUUUACUAACGACAUGGGCCUGAAAUGUCCAACCAAGGCUUCACCAUACAUUCGGACCUAUCGCAACAGCAAUUAUACAUAUGCUGGUCCCUCACCAACACCUGAACCUAACACAAACUGGGGAAGUGACUUCUCCUGUGUGGACCUUGCUCCAUCUGACACUGUGCCAACCUCAGUUCAUAAGCUAAGACCAGCAGACAUCAAGGUGGUGGCAGCACUGGGAGACUCUUCAACGGCAGGAACUGGCGCUAAAGCAAAGGAUCUGUUUGAACUCAAAAGAGAGUAUAAAGGAGUAUCAUGGAGCAUUGGAGGAGAUAAGACUUUGGAGGCUGUCACAACACUACCAAACAUCUUGAAGAAGUUCAACCCCUCUCUGAAGGGCUUCUCCAAAGGUUUGGGGUCAAUCCAGAAGGGCUUCAACAUGGCUGUAUCUGGAGCUAAGACUUCAGAGAUCCCAGCACAAGUCCAAAAUCUCAUCAAGGCCAUGAGAGAAAACAAGGGGAUGAAUUUUGAGAAGGACUGGAAGCUUGUGACGAUAUUCAUAGGGGCAAAUGAUCUUUGCUAUUAUUGCUUGGACCAAAAUAAUCUGUCACCCAAGAAUUACAGCCACAAUCUUAUGCUAGGCUUGGACAUGCUUUACAACGAGGUACCUAGGCUGUUGGUCAAUGUGGUGCAGAUCUUGCAAAUAGACCCAUUGAAAACAGUUAAGAAGAACACACUGGGCUGUUCACUACUACAAAGGGGAAGCUGUCCCUGUGUUAUCAACCCAGCUGAAAACUCCCCAGAGUUUGAGGAGAUAAAACGGAUCAAUCACGAGUAUCAGGCUGAAAUCCAGUAUCUUAUCUCUGGAGAUCGCUAUGACGGAAAAGAAGACUUUGCUGUUGUUCUUCAACCCUUUUUACACAAUUCUUUUAUACCUCAAAUUGGCAUGGGUGAAGCAGACACGAGUUUCUUCUCUGUAGACUGCUUUCACAUCAGUGAGCGGGCUCAUGCUGAGAUGGCUAUUGCCCUCUGGAACAACAUGCUGGAGCCUGUAGGCAGGAAACAGGCCUACAACAACUUCACAUAUGACCGCUCCAAGAUUCACUGUCCCUCUGAGGCCAGUCCCUUCAUCUUCACUAAGAUCAACAGUCUUCCAAGUCCACCUGUGAUGACCUCCACAAUCGAUACUCCUAUCUCAGACACUACCAGCACCAGCACCAGCACCGGCACCAGCACCAGCUCCAGUCCUACACCAACCAUCUUCGUGCCCAUUUGUUCCUCCCCCAUUCCUGUGUGGGUGCCAGUGGUUGUGGGAAUUGUCUGUUUACUGGUUGGCAUUACUGUCACCUGGGCAUUUCUCUCCUGCUUUCAGCGUCGGAAAAACAAAGAGAAAGAAGUAGAAAUGAGAGGAACUGGUUUUUAAUGCUGUUGAUCUUAUCAAUCUUUAAGUACUGUCAACAGUAUGUUGCAGGAUCAAGCUAUUUAUGACCACUAAAGAGCAGCAAGUAAAGUCAAGAGGAAACACCCAGCAUCAACAUCUGUAUGCCAUUGUAGUCCUCUAUUUUGCCACCUGUUGAACGUGAGUUCAAUAUUCAGUUGCUUUGUGGUCCUGAUUUAUUGGUUUAGUCCACCAGUUCUUAAAAAAAUGAUCUUGGUCAUCUUUGGCUAGCUAGAUUUUCCAUUUUCUUCAUGACCUGCAUGUUUACUAUAGCUCUCUGCUGUGCAGGAAGUGAACAUUAAAGGACAUUGGAGGUGUAAGAUUUAAUGCCAUCUAGCGGUGAGGUUGUAGAUUGCAACCAAAUGAAUAUGCCUCCCCUUCCAAGCGUGUAGGACAACCAACAGUGGCUGCAAAAUUUGCGAAAAACACGAAAGACCCUCUCUAGAGCCAGUGUUUGGUUUGUCCGUUCUGGGCUGCUGUAGAAACAUGGCAGGCUCC